AUGUCGGAGCUUAUCCUCAAGGAGAAGUCGUCUGGCAAUGCCUGUUUGAAACUCUCUGGGGUUACAUGCAAAAUCUCUCCCCUUGAACUUGUGAUCUAUUCUACGAUGAAAGACGGUCCCCUCGAAGGCGAUGACGCCAAGUUGGCAGCCAUGGGCCAUCGCCCUGAACUCCAACGUAGCCAUUCUACAUGGUCGAUGCUCGGCCUGGCUUUUGCGGUUCUCAAUUCAUGGACUGCGCUGUCGGCCAGCUUGUCGAUCAGUCUCACCUCCGGUGGAAGCACCAGUGUGAUAUGGGGUAGGCUGAUUCUAGACACCCUCCGAGAGAUCUCACUCACAUUCGCUUUCUACAAUAUAGGACUGGUGACUGCAGGAUUCUGCAAUCUGUGCAUCGCUUGUUCGUUGGCUGAAUUCCUCUCGGCCUAUCCGACAGCUGGCGGACAGUAUCAUUGGGUCGCAGCUAUCGCCUGGCCGAGUACCGUGCCCAUUCUAUCCUGGAUUACUGGUUGGAUUAACGUCGCGGGCUGGGUUGCUCUCGUUGCGACGAACUCACUUCUUUCUAGCCAGCUAAUUCUUGGGGUCAUCUCAGUGCUUCACGAGAGCUAUGUCCCACAACGCUGGCAUCAAUUUUUGAUCUACAUCGGGUUGACUCUCGGUUCUUUCAUCGUUAAUGCUUUCAUGAAUUCCAUUUUGCCAGUCAUCUAUCGUGGUGCUUUCUUGUGGUCGAUUGGAGGCUUUGUGGUUGUGUCAAUCACGGUUCUCGCAUGCGCCUCCCCCCAUUACAAUUCAGCUUAUUUUGUCUUUUGUGAUUUCGUCAAUACCACAGGCUGGCCUGACGGAGUGGCAUGGCUGCUUGGUUUGCUUCAAGGAGGUCUUGGCGUGACAGCCUUUGACGCCGUGGCACACAUGAUUGAAGAGGUACCUAACGCUGAUAUUGAAGGACCGAAAAUCAUGGUGACCUGCGUCGGUAUCGGAGUGGCUACGGGCUCGAUCUUUUUGAUGGUCCUUCUAUUUGUCGCAGGAAACAUGGAAAAUGUCGCCACGUCCGCAGCCGGUCCUCUCCUACAGAUCUUGCUGGAUGCAACAAAAAGCAACGCAGGAGGCAUCUGCCUUUUGAUAGAUGGAGGUCUUCCUGCGUCUAGGUUCUUUGCCAAGGUUCACCCGACACUUAAGUUGCCCCUAAACGCACUGAUGCUCAGUGUUGUUGUGGUUAUCGCAUUUGGUUGCAUUUUCUUAGGUUCUUCGAGUGCUUUCAAUGCAAUUAUAUCGGCGUCGGUUGUGGCGCUUGAUCUGUCUUAUGGAAUCCCCAUUGCCGUCAAUUGUCUUCAGGGACGCCGAUCGCUCCCCGAAAGAAAAUGGAAACUGCCUCGCACAGUUGGAUGGAUCGUGGAUAUCAUUGCUUUAUCGUAUAUUACUUUGACGACCGUCCUGUUUGUGUUCCCUCCAUCAAGCACCGUCACAGGGAGUAGCAUGAACUACUGUGUUGCAGCAUUUGCUGUCAUUAUCAUGAUCUCCGUGUUCCAGUGGAUUGUCGAUGGAAGGAAAAAUUUCACCGGUCCUCGAGUUGAUAUUACCCUCGAUGCGCUUGACGCCCCCAUGAGAGAAGAGAUAGAUCCCAGUAAGCAUGAGAAAGAGCUUGCUAGUCAGACCUAG